CGGCCGCCCCCGCCGCCCGCCCGCCCGCUGCUCCGCUCCGCGCCGCUCCGCCGCCCGCCCCGGCCAUGGCCAAGGACCAGCUGAAGCCGCGGCUGUGCCGCAUGCUGAAAGGGGAGAGCGGCUACGGGUUCCACCUGCACGGCGAGAAGGGCAAGAGCGGGCAGUUCAUCCGCAAAGUCGAGCCCGGCUCGCCGGCCGAGGCGGCGGGGCUGCGCGCCGGGGACCGCGUCGUCGAGGUGAACGGGCUCAACGUGGAGCAGGAGACGCAUCACCAGGUUGUGCAGCGCAUCAAAGCAGUGGAGACGGAGACCCGCUUGCUCGUGGUGGACAAGGAGACGGAUGAGUACCUGUGCAGCUUGCGCCUGACGUGCACGGAGGAGAUGGUGCACAGUGGAAUCCUGCUGAACUCCGGCGUCUCGCCCACCAAGUCGGUGGGCAGCGACAACGGGGAGGUCUGGAAGCCGCAGCUGGAUCUGAGCGGGGGCAGCCUCCAGCGGCACUCGCACAGCUUCUCCUCGCACGGCAGCAGGAAGGAUUUAAAUGGACAGAAGGAGCUAUGCCCACGUCUCUGCCACCUGAAGAAAGGCCCCAACGGCUACGGCUUCAACCUGCACAGCGAGAAGUCCCGGCCAGGACAGUUCAUCCGCUCGGUCGACCCCGACUCGCCGGCCUCCAGAGCGGGGCUGCGGCCCCAGGACCGGCUGGUGGAGGUGAACGGCAUAAACGUGGAAGGCCUGCGGCACUCGGAGGUGGUGUCCCACAUUAAGUCCAGGGAGAACGAAGCCAGGCUCCUGGUGGUGGACCCCGAAACAGAUGAUUACUUCAAGAAGCUGGGGGUGACCCCCACGGAGGAGCACACCAAAGGCGUGGUACCUCAGCCCAUGACAAACGGAUCCGCACAGACUCAGCUGAAUGGAGGAUCCACAUCUUCAUCUCACAGUGACCUUCAAAGUCCUGGGAAGGAAUCAGAGGAUGGAGACGUGGAGAAGAAAGACCCGUUUGAGGAGAGCGGGCUGACCCUGAGCCCGACGGCUGCCGAGGCCAAGGAGAAGGUGCGGGCCAAGCGGGUGAAGAAGAGGGCUCCGCAGAUGGACUGGAACAAGAAGCGAGAGAUUUUCAGCAAUUUCUGAGCCUUGCUGGUGGCUGCCGUCUGCCGCUCUCCUGCCCCUGCCCCAGCUCGGACGUUUCUGAGGUGCCUACGCCCUGUCCUUCAGUGUCCACGUGAGAUGCUUUGUGCUCUGCUCUUCACUGGUUGCUUUUACAAGGCGUAUUUUAAAGUCCUUUUUUUUUUUUUUAUUUUUUAUUAUUAUUAUUAUUGUUACUCGCCAGCGAUUCCGAUAAGACAAAUGUGACCAAAGCUCCUUUUCUUGCUUGCUCUUCAGCCUGGCUCUGGCUGCCUGCCAUCCCCUGUUCCUAUGAGAAAGGACUGGAAGAGUUUUGUUUCUUACCUGCAUCAUUUAGGCUUCUAUUACUACUUUUUUUUUUUUUUUUGGUGGGUGUUUGUUUUGGUUUUGUGGGUGUCCCAGACUGAGCCCCAUGGGAUGCUCUGUGCCCCUGUGCAAACGUCUUACGGCCUCACACCCCUGCUGUGGUGGGGGCCCCCAGGGUGGGGUGUACCUGGUACCCCCUCCCUGUCUGCAGCGUUAACUACGCACACGAUGGGAAAAUGGACAGUGGCUGUAAAUCGCUCUUGUUGGCUUUGCUAUUGAAAUGAAAAAGUUUGUUUUGUUGUU